AAGAUAUCUUCGGGUUUUAAAUCUGAGAAAGUACUGUGAACACACGCAAUGACUAUUUCUGACUCUAAAACUGGCAGAAAAUGUUUCGAACUAUAAGCUUAAGUCUCAGCAUGCGGGUCUGGCCUUUGAAUAGUGGGGGUUGGAGGAAGCGUGGGGUUUCACCUCUGACCUCUGAAUCAACUGAAUCAACCUCACAAUUUGAUUCACUACAACUCUUCGAAACCUAAUCCAAACCCGUGAAUCGUUACAAUGACAGGUGACACACACCGCAAGAUCUGUCAACCCCUCCACCCCGCCAUUCGUGACAGUCUAGAUCCCCAAUAUGUCGCCUAUCAUGAGGCGCAUCUGCAGUAUAUCGAAAGAGACGAGAUCAAUGACUGGGACGGCUCAAUACGUACUAAGAAACAUUCCCUCCCUCCUGGAGGAACAAAACCUAUUCCCGUAGGGAGCAUCAGCGAUUAUGACGUUGCUAGAUUCCGAGUGAGAGUUUACACACCAACAGGCCAAUGUGAUGAGCGAGGCUGGCCUGUCCUCGUCUGGUUUCACGGUGGUGGCUGGGCAGUUGGAGGACUCAGUAAUGGCACAGAUCUUUGCUGCUGGGCUUGUGAGAGAGCGCGGUGUAUAGUCGUCAGCGUAGACUAUGGGCUGGCCCCUGAAAACCCAUUCCCAGCUGCAGUCGAGGAUGCUAUUGGCGCCGUGAGAUGGGUCGCAUCUUGUCCAGCUGAACUACAAAAGAUAGACACCUCCCGUAUUUCCAUCAGCGGAACAUCAGCUGGUGCUAAUCUGGCGAUUGUCGCUGCAUUGUCUGCAUCGAACCCAGGAAUCCCUUUACCGACAGCUCAGCCGUCACUCCUAAACACUAUUACACCCCCCCCUAUAUCAUUGGUCUUAUUCAUACCGGUUGUUGACAAUACUGCCACAGCUGAAGGGGUAUGGAGGCCCAAUGCCGAGACUGCACCUUGGCUUACACCCGCACGAAUGGAGUAUUAUCGUAAGCUUUACUUUACUCAAGAUGAUCAUCGCUCUCAAUGGGACGCAAGCCCUAACCUCGCCCCCGAAUCUCUCUUAAGAAAGCUUCCAAAGACGUGGAUUGCUGUUGCAGAGAUGGAUAUUCUCGCACCAGAGGCACUAGCUUUUGGAGAGCAGUUGAGGGGGUUGGGAGUUAGUGUGGAAACGUUGCUGGUGAAAGGCGGAACACACUCUAUUCUUUCUCUUCAUGGUGUGAUUGAUAGGGGGUAUAGGAUGAUAGAAGAUGCUGUCAAACACCUACAAGUGACUUUUGGCACGGGCUAACAUCCGAAUGCAGCGGGAAUAUACUUCUUAAACUACUCGGAGACACAUAGGGAAUAUUCAUAAGAUCCAUAUAAUUCACUACCGACAAUACGUCCCUUCAACAUUUGUG